AGGGCCGGAAGUUUAAGGGAAUUUCCUGUGAGCUCGGCUUCCUCAACAUGGCAGCGCCCUUGUCGGUGGAGGUGGAGUUCGGAGGCGGCGCAGAGCUCCUGUUCGACGGCAUAAAGAAGCAUCAGGUCACCUUGCCUGGACAGGAGGAACCCUGGGACAUCCGGAACCUCCUUGUCUGGAUCAAGAAGAACUUGCUAAAAGAGCGGCCAGAGUUGUUCAUCCAGGGAGAUAGCGUGCGGCCAGGAAUUCUGGUGCUCGUUAACGAUGCCGACUGGGAACUGCUGGGUGAGCUGGACUACCAGCUGCAGGACCAGGACAACAUCCUCUUCAUAUCCACGCUGCACGGCGGCUGAGGGCCCCGCACUGUGCCCAGGCUCCCUUGGGGUGGGGAGAAGAGAACAAUCAGACAUCCCCUGGGGCCCUGCUUCCAGGUCUCCCUGUCCCCCUUGGCCGCUUUCUUCCCUGCUCUGUCCCCCGAGCUCCCUCCAGGCAGGGAAAAGAGGCCAGGUGCUAAAAAUGAGCCUUUCUCAGGCACGUGAGUGGGGGUGGGCAGGCUCAGCCCUGCCAACCUUCCCAGCAGCUGAGGUGGGGGAGGGUGCCCCUCUGGUUGGUCACAACAUGAAGGGGGCUCCGUGGCCAGGUGACCCAGCCACCUCCCACUCCUUGUAUCUCAAUCUGAACACUGAGUGACCACUGACACGCUCCAACUCCUGGGCUGUAGCGUCUUCGAGGAGAAGAGGAAUGGACCCGAAUAGCUUAUAGGAGGCCCCUCCCUUCUCAAAGAUGGGAGGAGUCUCUGCCUCAGUUUCCCCAUCCAGACAGCAGAGGGCUCUGGCUGUCCCCCACUGAUACCAUUAUGGAACCCCAGCUGGGGUCCCCUAUUCAGUGCUGACUCCCCCCCCCUCCCAGCAGCUGCUCUUCCAACCACACCCCUCCUCCUGCUCCCCCAGCCCCAGCCCUUGACCCUGGCUGGCCUUCCCCCACACACACAGGCCACCAGAUGGGCUCCUGAGACCCUCCCCCAGCAAAAGGCUGCCUGCAGCCCAUUCUGGAGAGAGAGAGCAGGCAAAAGCUUGAACUGGCAGAUAGCGGCCUGGGGAGUCAGAGUGCCUCAGUUUCCUCUUCAGUGGCAAUUGAGUAUUUAUAGUAUCUGAAAGCAGGCUUGAUACUUGAUGGCACAAAUGCAGACUUCAUCUCCUUUCCCACCUCCUGCAGGAAGCAGGAUGGGGGCAGGCAGCACCUGGUAGGCAGGAUGGUUUGCCCCUCCUCCCUCCAUCCCUUCUGGAAGUCUUGGGGCGGGCCUCAGUGUCUGCAACAGCUGGCCUUGGGCAAAUAAAAGACUAGGUUGUUUACUA